UAUAAAAUUUCGUGUUGCCUCAUAACUUCAAUAGAAAAUGUUACAUCAGUUUUGUUAAUAAUUUAGAUUUUAAAUAUCUUCAAUUAUUAUUUUUCUUUUAUUUUUAAAAUAGUUUUAAUAAUUAUCAAAAUUUAUUUUUAUAUUUAUACUUAAUUGUAAAAAGGAUUGUAAAAUUAAUUAACUAUAUUGCAAAUUACUUGACUUUUAUAAAUGACCGUAAACAAUAAUAACGAAUCUAAGGAUGAAAAAGAAAAAUUUUGGCCACAAUGGUUAGCUGCCUUAGCGUUAAGUCUCAUUGUUCUUAAUUCCGGAUUGGUUAAUGGUUGGUCGUCACCUUACCUGGCUCAAUUGACUUCAGUGGAUUCGGAUUCUUCAUUAAAAUUGUCGGAUUUUGAAGCAUCCUGGGUUGCAUCUUUAUUGAAUCUCGGACGAUUAAUUGGAGCUUUCACAGGCGCUUUAAUACAAGGAUUUCUCGGUCGGAAAAUUGUUCUUCUUUUUGGAGCAAUUCCUAUGGCAAUUGGAUGGAUUUGUACAAUAAUUGCGAGCUCUGUAUUUUGGCUUUAUAUAUCAAGAUUCUUUCUUGGAAUUGGUUCCGGUAUUACUUGGGGUUCAUUAUCAAUUUAUUUAGGAGAAAUAGCUCAUCCUUCGAUUCGCGGUGCUCUAAUUUCGUUAAAUAUUAAUGUGAGUAGUGUGGGAGUCGUUCUGGGAAAUGUAAUGGGAUCGUACCUUCCUAUGGAAGUAUUCGCCUACAUAAGUCUUGUACCGAAUUUUUUAUUUCUUGCUCUCUUUUCCUUAAUUCCGGAGACUCCAUAUCAUCACGUUCAAAACGGUCAUCUCGAGAAAGCAGAAGAAUCAUUAAAAUGGUUUCGACGAACAAAUGAAUUUAAAAAGGAAAUCCAAGAUAUGUUGACUUAUUCUGGUACAUUAAACAUGACCUUUUUGCAAAGACUGAGAGAGUUUCGACUUCCAGGUAUUCGAAAAAGUGCAAUAAUCAUCAUUCUUCUUCAGCUUUUCUGCGUGUUCAGUAUGUACAAUGUAUUUUACAGUUACAUGGAAAUAAUCAUCAGAAAGGCACAAGUAACGAUAAUUAAUCCCAGUACAAUAGUUGCAAUUUUGGGUAUUUGUCCAAUUGCAACAAAUUUUCUCUCUGCAUAUCUUGUUGAUAAAUUUGGUCGAAGAAGUCUUCUAAUGACAUCAUCAAUUGGUGUUACCAUUUCACUUCUACUUUUAGGAUUACAUUUUCAUUUAUUGUCAUUAAAUUUAAAUAUCGAUAAACUUUGGAUAUUACCGAUAUUUUCCCUUUUUUUAUUCAGUAUAUCAUUCGCCUAUGGAUUAGGAUGUGUACCUUCAACAUUAGUUGGUGAAUUAUUUCCUCCAAAUAUCAAAUCAUUUGCUGGAUUUGCCUCAACAGCAUCGGCAGCUGUAUUUAAUUUUUGUACAACACGAGCUUAUCAGCCAUUGAUUUAUUUAAUUGGCGAAAAAUAUGUAUUUUUAUUGUGUGCAAUUGUGGUUUUUUUAUCAUUGCCAUUUGUUUAUUAUGUGUUGCCGGAAACAAAAUGUAAGUCUCUUCUUGAAAUACAAAAUACCCUGACAAAAAAGAAAAAUAGUGAAAAUAUUAAAAAUCCAAUUUAAAAAAAUUGUCUGUAUUUGCAAAAAAGUAUUAUUAAAUUGAAUAAAAAAAUUAUCAGCAUUUAAAAUUUCGCGCUGUCAGACUGAGUCGGUAAUGUUACAAAGUAUUGGAUAAUAGAGCAAGCUCCAAAGCCAGCAGUCAAUGCUCAUCUUAUUAUUCUACGUCAUAAUUUCCAAAUUUGUUUUAAUACUUAUAAUUUAAUUUAUAACAAUAAAAAUCGUAAAUAGUA